AUGUCUUCAGCGGAAAAUGAACAAGAAGCUGAUCAAAGCUCAAGUACACUAAUAUCUGGACAAUCUGAAGGAUCCGAUAUCGUUAACUUAUACGGACAAACCACAAACUAUGAAGGCAAGAAAAUAAAAAUCCUAGAAAGUGGAGAAACAUUCUCGUUAUUUAUUGGUGACUUACAUCCAAAAGUAACACAAGAAAUUUUAGAAAAUAUUUUUGGAAAAUAUCCCUCAUUUCUUUCAGCUAAAGUUUGUUACGAUUUUAAAACUAAAGUAUCUUUAGGCCAUGGGUAUCUGAAUUUCAGUUCUGAAAGGGACAGCAAACAAGCAAUUGAUGACUUUAAUUGCACUAGAUUAUUCGAUAGUGUUAUCAGGUUGAUGCCGUCGUUCCGUGGUAAAAACAUUAAGAAAUCAAAUUAUAACCUAUUUUUUUCAAAUCUUCCUGAAGUUGAUGACACUGGCCAAAGUUUCACCCCUAGAAGGUUUUACGAGUUAUUUAGGGAAUGUGGAGAAAUAAUAUCCUGUAAAUUUGAAGAAAACAAAAACAUUGGCUUCAUCUCUUUUCAAUCAGAGAAUGUGGCGCGAGAGGUUAUUAUCAAUUACAACAAUAAAUUUCUCUUUGGAAAACAAAUUACUUGCAAGUUACUAUCUGCUGAAAAUGAUGAGUCACACAGUUUCAAUAUUAAUACAAUUGAAUCGAAGGGUAGGAGAAAAACCCCUCCUCUGGAUUCAGAAAUAAAAUUAUCUUUGUCUACCACCGUAGUGUUACAAAACCUAAGUUUCAUAUGUAGCAAAGAAUUUCUGGUACAAUUUUGCUGUCAACGACAUAUCCAAUUUGAAGAUAUUCAAAUCAUUGGGGCCUAUAUGGGUAAAGUUAAUCAUCGGGCACAUGUAAGGUGCAAUAGUAAACUAGAUGCAAAGAAAUUGGUUAACGAAAUGAACGGCCGCUUGUUGGCCGGUUCGAUAGUAAAAGCGCAAUGGGAAGGAAGCUCAGGAUAUAUAAAGAAACAAAGUUAUGAUGAAAUGAACACAUUUAUCACUAAAGUACCAAUGACAUAUUUGCAACCACCUUUCUCCUAUUCUGCCGACCUUGGGUAUACAAUGUCCAAUGUAGAUAAGAGGCAUAGAAGGCAAGCAGGAAGAAGCGAACUCAAGGGUAGAUAUAUCAUGGAUGUCUUUAAGAGGCUGAUUCGUGAGAAUUUGGAUUUUUUACGAUACCCAUUUGCUUCUCGAGAAGAAAAUAUAGUAUAUAUUGCGAGUUAUAUUUUCAAGUUCUACUGGAACGGGAAUUUAUCAAGCUUAUCACAUUUUUUAUUUUCAUUGGAAUCUUCUUUGCAUUUGGAACAAGUUUUCAAAUCGCAAGUUGAAGCCGCAGCAGAUAAACUAGGUUUUGGAAGAUGA